UAAGAAUAUAUAACAUCCGCACGAAGAAAACGAUAACAGUGCAUGGUGGAUUUAUAUCCACAGGACCAUGGUGGGAAACUCAAAUAAAAGUUGGCAAGAAAGGCCGAAAUGUACGAUUCAUGAUCGGGUACCCAUCAUACAAACUGCGACAGAAUGCAACAGAAGAUAUAGUUGCUUUGUUUCUCACUAAGGGAUGCGAAAUAGAUGGCGUGCACGUUCACACAUUCACUGAGACAAUAAAACAAAUGGGACUGAAACUGAACUUCGCUGAUCUGGAAGAAACUGUUUCACGUUUUGAGAAAGUGAAGGAAGAGUAUGUGCCAAUAGCCGCUAUGAUUAGAAGUAGCAUAAUGGGGACAGCGGAAGGUAUGCUUGUUUUGAAAGCGCUGAAGUUCAAUAAGCUCUUAUGGUACUUGCCUAAACUACUUCCUAAACAUGCCGUGAAUAUAUUGAGCAAUAAAGAUGAUGAACAUCUUGAAAAACUUGAAACUGUGAUGGUUGAAGAGCCGUGGACUUUUGGAUUUUCUCAGAUGCUUCGUCAUUAUCGAGUCAUAGGUUGUGAAGCCACCCUGGAAUCUUACAAUCAGUGUGACCUGAUAAAAGAAAUGCCGCAGAAUUCACAAGAUGCCCUCUACAUAUAUCAUGUUCUGAAGUUCAGCUGCCAAAAAUAUGGUCAUACGUUCUUGUUUGAGUUGUCUUUGAAACGGAGCAAAGCCUUUCAAGGUUACCGUGUGAAAAACUGGAAAAAAGCAUACGAGUUUCUAGAAGAACACAACGUGAUUGUACGAGAGGAAAACCGAGUUUACCUAAAGAGAUAUUGGUGCUGUGAAAGAAACAUUGCAAGAUAUUUAACAAAGUUACAAGCAAACGGUAAAUGGGAGAUAGAAUUUGACUGGGCAGGUCAUCUCGAUUUUCAGGAUGAUCCAGAGCAGCAGCAAGCAGCCAAACUGAUGUGUCUUAAUCCAAUCACAGUGAUGUCUGGCAAAGGCGGGUGCGGCAAAACACAUGUGGUGAGCAUCGUAUUUAAAGAAGCAGAGAAAAGGUUUUUGAAAAUGAAUGAAGAGGAAACAGGGGAAGAUGAUGUUUCCAAAGAAACUGAGGACUUUGAUGGAAAAAAUGUUGAUGAGAGUUACGAGCAAGAAGUUGAUACGCCAAAUGAGAAAGAUGAAAAGAAUGACUCGGGUCCCAAAGGCCCGCACAUACUUCUUACGGCACCGACUGGUAAAGCUGCAUCCUUGCUUGGUAGACGAACCAAACUACCAUCGUUUACACUUCACCAAGUUAUGUACAGCUUUUACCAUACAGAGAAAGAUGAGUACGGUAAGCCAAAGGAUUGGAAAUACUCAAAUGUCCAUGCUUUGAUUGUUGACGAGUCCAGCAUGGUCUCCGUACAAGUCUUUUCGACAGUUCUCAAGUUUCUAAUGGAAUACUCCAAGUUAGAAAAGAUAGUUUUUCUCGGCGAUAUCAACCAACUCCCAUCUAUUGACCCUGGCAACUUUUUAAGUGAUCUGUAUAAAGCGUACUCGCUUCUUGGAUGUAGCAUUUCUCUUCUAACCAAUCAUAGGACAGAAUCAGCUUUGAUUGUGAAGAACGCAACUCAGAUCUCAAACCAAUGGAUGCCUGUGUUUGAUUCCAACCAUGGUUUCCAUGAAGUGACGGUAGACAGUAUGAAUGAUGUUACCAUGGAUACUUCAACGAUAACGCCAACUCAAGAGGAGACUGAAUCCUUCAGUAUUGAUGAAGCAGUUAGAAGAUUACUCAGACAGAAAGAUGAAAGUCUUCAGGACCAUACCAGAUCACAGUUUGUCGCGUUUAGACGGAAUGACUGCGAUAGAAUUAACGAGCUCUGCUGCAAACACUACGCAGGUCACUUAACGAAAACUGCUAAAAACAGACUAGAUUUCCGGGAAGGUGACAAGAUAUGUAUGACUAAGAAUGCCAGUGUGUUUGACAUUGCUACUGAAAGUCCUGUCAGACUCUGCAAUGGAGAGAUCUUCUUUAUAAAGGAAUAUGUGGAACAGAAAGAUGCAAAGAACCGAAAAACGAGCAAGGUGACACUCGAUGAUGGCGAACGGUCUGUAUGUGUAGAUUUUGGUGAAGUCAAAAGGAGAUGUAAAGUAAAACAUGCAUGGGCCAGAACCAUACAUACCUACCAAGGCUCUGAAUCGGAAACCGUUAUCUACCUGGUCGGUGGGAAAUCACCGUAUCAAAACUGGCAACAUGUUUACACUGCUGUUACGCGAGGCAAGUGUCAAGUCUACGUGGUCAGUUCGAAGAGCCAACUAUGUAGUGCUAUAAACAAGAAACCAGACAAGCGAAAUACACGGUUAUAUGCAUUGUUGUCUGAGAAACAAACAGAUGGGAGUGAGUCAGUGAACGAUCAAAGCUGUGAUUCCAACGUCUCAAUGGUACAUCGGAAACGUUUGUUUGCUAAAGACUCUGAAAUGGACACUGCUGAUUAUGGUUGCAUGGCAACGACUGGUUCAAGCUACUGGUCAGCGAGACCAACUGGAGGCAAGUUUGGGAUUGCAGGAACUUUGUCACAGACACAGAAUGUAGAGGUCAAUAGUCAAAGGUUAGAGGCCACAGGUGACAAAUUCCCAACUAUAAAUGCAGAAGUGCAAAAUGGUGAAGAUUGGGACGAAGAUUGGAGUGAUGAGUUUGGAGACAAACUUUUAGCAUUUGAACAAACGUUUCUUUCCACACAAAAAGAACAAGCUGCAUCGUCUUCCAUUUCAUCUGCCAAAUUAACGAAUGCCAAGGAAAUUGAUCAGAAACUGUCAGCUAAAAGCAAUCCAGUACAACUACCUGCAAAAACUCAAUCUAGAAGUUUUCGUGAUUUCAGAGAUGUAACAACCCCGACCAAGAGGUCAAUUUUCUGCGAAAGGAAUACGCAAAAGUACCCAUCAAAUCUUUGUGAAGUAAAAGCAAGUGAAAUUGCUUGCACCGAGUCAUCUGAGGAUAGCAGCUCUGAUGAUGAAUCAAUUUUGACACCAUCCAAAGGCAGAGCCCUGUCAGGUCAAAGUUCAUUACCAAUGACACCCACCAGAAAUGCAUUAUCAUCUCUGAUUCUAAAUUCACCGAGUCAGUCACAGAAACGUGUUGCAGACGGAAACAUCCAGUCACCUCCUAAAAUUAAGCGACUAUAA